CAGAGGAGUGCUUGGGAGAGUGCGCAUGACAGGCCGCCAGGCCGGAGAACUGCCGACUUCUUCCCGACAUCGCUCGAUCAUGGCGUCGUCGUCGGAGCCGCCGCCGAAGAAGCGGAAGCUCGUCGAUGCCCAGACCCUGAGCCCCUCGCGCACUCCGCGGCUGCCCCCGCCUCUGCCCCCAGGCCUAUCCCCUACCCCGCCGCCCCCCGAAACCCUAGCAGCAGCCGCGCCCUCCGCCCCACCACCGCCCCCUCAGUCGCCGCCGCCGACACCGGAGGAGCUCCACCGCAAGCGCAGCAACCGGGAGGAGCUGCGCAAACUCUUCGAGUGCUACCGCCGCAUCCGCCUCUGCGUGGAGCGCAAGGACGCGCGUCUCAUGCCCGAGCUCGAGCAUGUCUACCUCGCCCUUAUCACCGCGUCCCGAGGUUGCACAAGUGUACAACGUAUCUUAGCUAAGCUGAUUCCUCAAUAUGCCUCAUACUGUCCUACUGCACUUGAGGCAGCUGCUAAAGUCUCCAUCAAGAUGUACAAUUGGAACUUGGCCAUUGUAACAAGAGGGGAGGAUGCAGAUGGCGUGGCAUAUCGGACUGCUAGGGCUUGUAUUGUUGGCUUAGUUGACAUAUGCUCCACAGCAUCUCUUGAAGCUCCCAAGUCAUCUGUUAUAACAGGAAUCUGCUCUGCAGUCUAUAUGACUGUCCUCACUUUCUUCAUUUCAACAUUUGAUGGGAAGGAUAUCCAUCAUAUAGGCUCCAGAAGACUUUCAAAGCUUCAGGACCCCAUGGAGUUAAUAGACAUUGUAAAGCAGGAGUCAGGGGAUGACAGCCAACUGGCACAUGAUUGUUUGUUUGAACUCAGGGCACUAUCCUUGCUAUGCAUAUUUCUUUUAUCCCCAGAGAACCUACUAGAAGCCUGUUUUGCAUUGAUUGCUUCAGCAGAAACUGACCAUAUAAGAGGACUGUACUUUUUAAAUCAGCUGACCUGCAAUGUGAGCAAAGGUAUCUCAGAUCUUGCUCUGGACAAUAAGGCCGAUGUAGCCUCACAGUGUACUGAGAUGGAAAUAGAUCUGUCUGACACCAAAGAGAUUGUUGAUUCAAAGCCUUCUUCUGAUGUGUCUGGCAUUUCAGGAAGGUCUAUGGUAGAAUCAAAUGAGUGUUACAUCACAAUGGCAAUAUCUAGACAUCCAUCUUUGAGAGGUUGGAUAUUGCGGAGGUACAAAAAAAUAUGCGAUUCCUGUAGAUCUACUGUGCUGUCAGAGGUAUCAUCUUGUUUGAAAGUUUUGGGCUCUUUAUCAGAACUCGAUGAGGAUAAAAGUUCCAUGGACUGUGAACCAUCAGUGCUGGAGAAGCCCGACAAAAGUGCAGGAGAGAAGACUGUCAAUAGUGAUACCUAUGCAUUAAAGUCUGUGCAGACAGAUGAUGUGAAAACUGAGAAGCUGGCAGAUGCGAAAACUAGUGGCCGCAAGGGUGCAAGAUCUGAUCUUUAUGUUGCUUCUGUCUCGAGCGAUGUAAUUUCGGUCUCAAAGGAACUUUGGGUUGGUUCACUGGGAAAUAGUGCUGCAGAGGCACUAGUUCGAUCUAAAUUCGAGGAGUUUGGCCCAUUAACGAACUUCUUAUUUUAUCCUUCCAAAGAAUUUGCCUUGGUUGAAUAUGGAAACAUAGUGCACGCUGUUCGGGCAUGUGGAUAUAUGCGGGGCUCCUCUAUUUGGGGUGGUGAUCUUCAGAUAAGGUAUUUAGAUAGACUUAUAGGUAGUAAGGGAUUUGUUGGUGGUAUAGCUGUUGGUGAAAGCUGCCAUAUUUAUGUUGGUAAAGUCAAGAAUCAGAAAGAAAAAGAUGAGGUGUUCGAUGAAUUGAAGUCAGCAGGCCUGAAGAGGCCAUGUGGCUGUAUCGAUAUCUCCGGUGAAAAUGCUUUGAUUCUUGAAUUUGAGACAUCAGUUGAUGCAGCUGUUGCAAAAGCCCAUAUUAGGCGCCAAGCUCAUUCAGAUGUUUAUUCCCAGGAUAAGAAUACAUCUGUUCAUCAGCUUUUGGUACAUAACAUGGACAAGUCAAUCCCUGAGACAGAAUUUAUCAAUGCUUUCUCACGAUUUGGUGAGGUCAGUAGGUGGCAGUUUAAUCGGAUUGAUGGGAGCUGCUUGAUAGAUUAUGAAUCACAGAGUGCUGCUGCCUGUGCAAAGUCGCAGAUGCAUGGUGCAAGGUUUGGCUUGAAGUUGAUUAGUGUUGAAUCUAGGACAUGCAGCACAGGAGCUGUUCACGAUAAAACUUUUUCACCUGUUAUUCGAAUGCCAGCCCAGAACCUUCCGGACAGCAGCAGUCACCAUGAGAUCAGGAAUCCAAGGGUUUCAGCGUAUCAUACAGGUUACACAGUACAGGGGGAUCGGCCAAUAUAUGGUCCACGACCUCCCAAUACACAACAAUUAUGGCAGUACAAGGAUCUAGAGUCAAACAGGGCUCCACAAGGAAUGCCUCCCUGCCCACCUGUUUCCGCACAUCGAUCUUCUGUAAUACCACCACCACCACCUCCUAUCCAAACUUCUUUUGUUCGUCCUGUAUAUCCUGGUCCGGGCAGUCCAUGGGAAAACACUACACCAAAUCCACCCUUCGGCCGUGUUUCUCCUCGCAUGAUGCCCGGAAGUAGCUUCCGUAUUCCGUCUGCUCCUCCUCCUUUCAUACCGUCUUGUGUUACCCCUCUUACACAGCUUCCUGGAAGCUCAGCACAGCAUUCAGAGAAAAUGCCACCACCUAUACCAAAUGUCGCUCCCUCACCAUUUACACCUCUAGAUAUGCCACCUCCACCACGAUCUCCACCACCAUUACCUGUUUCCGAGCCACCUUCUGUUCCACCGCCCCCAAGUUCUCCUCCGGUACAACCUUCAACUGAUCCUUGUAACUCACAUAAGCCAUGCCCUCAUCCUCAAUGGCAGGGUUCUCUUACAAAAAGUGGUAUACACUACUGCACAAUCUAUGCAAGUAGAAUAGAGUUGGAUGCCUGUAGACACGAAAGUACUGUUCCUGAACCAGCAGAGUGGCCCUCAAGAUUAGAUGUUCUAAAGCGCACAGCUUUCCAGCACGCAAAGACAAUUAUCUCCAAUGCUCCACCUAAUAAAUUUUCUACCAUUUUGUAAAUUCAAGAGCUUGCGGACUGCCGGAGUUUGCCUCCUUUGGUGACGGUGCCAUGUCCCUCACCGUCUGCCAACACUCUAGAUUUAGCGAGGAUCUUGCGUUGCCGUCGGGUACCUCCUCAGCGCUGCUGGCUGGCUUCCACCUCCGCUGGCCAAACACUCCGCUGCCGUAGGUGCCUCACUUGUCUUCAUCGCUGCCUGACUUUCUUUUCUUGCUUCCGGCGCUGUAAAAGGUGGGGGAAUGUCUGUUUCUUAGUAUUUUUGUAUGUCAGUUUUGUUUAUUCAAGGCAAAGUUCUAAAAUGUUAAAGCUCCAGUUGUUUGGGCUGAAAGUUGUUUUUGUGUAUUUGAAAGCCUGAAUUGUUUUGAUUACAAAGUUGGCAUGUAAUGAACUGAAAGUUGGCUCAUCUGAAUGAAAGUUGGUUCUCAUCUAAUUGGGAGUACGUGUUCAUUCGUUUGAUUCAAUGUUGAAAUUUUUGAAUCCAGACCUCUGCAAGUUGAUGAAUUGUGAAACAUAGCUUGUAUAACAUUUAGGAAGUUGAGUUCGACAGUUCUUUAAAUUUCUUGCUAUCCUUGUCCUCGACAACAGCACUACUUCUGGACACAAAGGUAGGAGGUGGGAGGGGGCAGGCCUUUAUAGCCCCAACAGAUGUAGGCUCCGUGCACAUCGGUCUCUGUCAGAAACUGAUCAUUCCACUGAUUGUCUGAAAAACAUGGGUCCGCUGUAUCGAGGCAGGGGCAACAGCAUGGGAGGAGCCCUAUGUGAGAUGAAUGUGAGUCCAUUUGGAAAGCAUAGAAUUAUGAAAGCAUUCAGUUGCAUUAGGAACGAGCUAAUAAGUCCAAUCAUACGAAGAGGUCAGAGGUCUGAGCAUCCAUUAUAUAAGGAUAAGGAUGGAGUGUAUCUGCUUUGUAAUCAAGCAAGAGCAAUCAAUCUGAUCUUCCCAUUAUUCUCGAGUCUCAACCUAUGUCUACCCAAUCCCAUGCAGCCACGUCGCUUGGUUAUAUUCAGCACAGUAGUUAUCCUGUUGUGGAUCUAGGUUCACAACAUUUGGUAUCAGAGCCGACCAGACCACCAUGGCUUUUGCUGCCAAGACGAUAUUGUGAAGGAUCCUUCGUGUCUCUAACACCACUGACAGCGUGCUUCAUCAGGUCUUUGAUAUUUAUGGAGUAGUGGAGGCAAUCAGAAAUUUUCUAGCAAGGCCAUGGAUCGUGGUCUUCGUCGAAUAUUGUGGUUUAGCCAUGAUGCAGCACGAGCUUUCACGAAUUUACAGGAUUGCAAUAUCUUGGUACCAAGUCACUCCCUAUAUCAUCCGGUACUAGACAUUGCCAAGUUAAUGAUGGCGACAAAACAUUAUGCAGCGGUGCCAGUGACACGGUCGCAAGAAGCAGCAGCAGAGUCAUCACAAGAAGCAGAGGUGCAACAGCCGCAGCCAAGCAAGGAGGACCAACAAGAUGCAAAGCCCAGUGCAGCCAAUCACGGCUGCAAGGAUCUCCACAGCAGAGGGACCCGUUUCAGCAUUGAAGGCGAAGCAUCAAGUUGUGGUAGCAGCUGAAGCGCGUGAUUGCAAGCAAUGGGGAUGUGCAGGCGUCAUGUGGUGCAGGUCAGGAAGGAAGCUAGCAAGGGAGGCGAGCUGCUGAGGAAGGAAAGAAAGCAACGUUGACAAGAAGAAUUGGAGCAAGAUUCAUGUGUGGCAGGCCGCAAGAAUCAAUCACACCCAGGUGCACAUAGAUUCUUAAUCGGUCCAGGAGAUAGUCAAGGACUCGAUCAAGUUUUAAGGAAGGAAACCAAAACCAUUAAAGGAAGUACGGGUUUUAUUCGGUGCGUUUGACAGCAAA